CCGCCUUCAGAGCGAACUUUGGGACUUCGUCUCGAUCAUACUAGGACAGACAUAGACUGCGUGUACUGAAAUCGCCAGUACUUAAAACGUUGGUAGCUAGCGCAAUGGCACCGACGCCUCCUUCAUUGUCAGCAUGUAUCAUGCCGAAGCACUCGAGUACAAGACUAUACAGAGCGGCUCGCUACAACAGCUCGAUGCGGCGGUAUGGGAGCGACCGGCCUGCGGCCUUGAGAAUUAUAUACUCUGGGCUUCUGGAGAGUGGAAUGCGCCUUGUAUCCGGCCGGGCGACGUUGCCCAUACAUCCUUUGCCAAUUUUGCGGACGAUCUCGCACCAUUCGACUGCAACGAGCCAUCCUCAACAGGAUCCUCGCCAGAGGCGGAUCACUUCCUCUCACCGUGGUCUUCUUUGUCCACGGAUGAUAGCCUGAACAAAACUGCAAUUCCGCCAGACUGCGCCCCGAUGGCCAUGCACCAUGACUUCUCGUCUGGGGCUGAUACCGGGGCAAAUUACCCAUUUUCCGAAAAUAUGACGCUGAACCCACGUGGCGGGGCUGCAUUUCGGAGCGAAGUCGGCUCACAAGCCCAGUCACAAGCGGCUAGAAAGCGUAGAGCCUCGGCGCGUUCGCCAAAUCGAGGCUUUCUCUGCGAUCAAUGCCAUAAGACGUUUACGAGGAAGAAAAACCUAACUGAUCACAUGGAGCGUCACCGAAACCUGAAGGCGUUCUGGUGCCGCGAGCUCGAUUGUCAAUCGCGCUUCAACACGAGGAGCGAUUUGGAGAGGCAUGUCAGGACCGUCCAUACCGCUAACGGGCGUCCAAAUAAGAGAAGGGCGUGAAUUCUAUUGUUCACGACAAUCGGAAUCGUCCCGGAAACAGCAGUGUAGCCUGCAUAUGACGUUGACUGCCACCCGGGCCGAUAGGAAGUCCAAAGGAGGGCGAGAGCGAUGAAAGCCACGUCCAGGGAUGUGUACAUGCGUACAAUAAGCCGACUCGUACUAAUAUGUUUAGUGCCAUCUUCUCAUACCGUCUCUCCUAUACUGGCGAAUGUCACGAAUCACGAACGACUGUAGUGCGUAGGGUGCUCUAUAGCCAUGGAUCGAGAC